AUGGCACCUCACAAGCUCAAUUCCAAUUCCUCGGGAAAUUCGAGUGUGUCGGCGUGUUCGCAGGCUGACAAUGGUUUCAUAAGUUCUUUUUCUCUAUUUCCUGAGAAAGCAGUGCAAGAGCUUCUUGAAUCGCCGAUCCAAGGGUCUGAUGAUCAUCUUAUAGAGUUCUCAGAAUCUUUAAGAACCGUUGCGAAGGCUCUUAGGAAAGUUGCGGAAGGGAAAGCUUCUGCUCAAGCGGAGGCUGCUGAAUGGAAACGGAAAUAUGAGUUGGAGAGGAAUCGGAAUCUGCAGUUUGAAGAUAGAGGGAAAUCAUCCCUCGAACCUUGUGCUGAUCUUGAUGAUUUGAAAACAAAUAACAUCGCCAAACAACCCACAUUAUAUAAUAAUGCAGCUAAUGGGCUGUCUGAAGAAUGUUGUUCUAGUAAUGGUAUUUGUUCCCAUGAGGUGCUUAGGGAUGGGAAACCUGAUUCUGAUUCCAAGAUGGUCAAAAAGGCUUCUUUUAAACUUCAAUGGUGCUGCAAAGGUGAGAAAAGUGAUCAGCACAAACAUGACGUUGUCUCUUUUGAAAGAGGAAAUAUAACCACAGCAGAGCGCAGUAGUAAACAGAUCUCUUUGAAAUGGGAGUCAAGUCCACAGACAGUGCUCAUAUUGACCAAACCAAAUUCAAUUUCUGUUCAAAUUCUGUGUGCUGAGAUGGUUAGAUGGUUGAGGCAGCAUAAGAAACUACAAAUAUAUGUGGAACCACGUGUCAAGGUGGAUCUCUUGACGGAGUCAUCAUACUUUAACUUUAUAGAAACAUGGAGUGAUGAUAAGGAAAUUUUAAUGCUGCAUACUAAAGUUGACCUUGUGAUAACUCUUGGUGGAGAUGGCACUGUCCUAUGGACAGCAUCUAUGUUCAAAGGGCCAGUGCCUCCUAUUGUCCCCUUUUCUUUAGGGUCUCUUGGAUUUAUGACUCCUUUCUAUAGUGAAAAUUACAAAGAGUGCCUUGAAUCAAUUUUGAAGGGCCCCAUUAGUAUUACAUUACGACACCGUUUGCUAUGUCAUGUUGUACGAGAUGCAGCUAAAGAUGAAUUUGAAACUGAAGAACCUAUACUUGUUCUGAACGAGGUUACUAUUGAUCGUGGUAUAUCAUCUUACCUCACAAAUUUGGAAUGUUACUGUGACAACUCCUUUGUCACAUGUGUGCAAGGGGAUGGAUUAAUCUUAUCUACAACAUCUGGUAGUACUGCAUAUUCUUUGGCAGCUGGAGGAUCAAUGGUCCAUCCUCAGGUUCCAGGUAUUUUGUUUACACCAAUUUGCCCACAUUCCCUAUCUUUUAGGCCAUUGAUAUUACCAGAGCAUGUGACUUUAAGGGUGCAAGUACCAUUCAAUAGCAGAAGCCCUGCAUGGGCAUCGUUUGAUGGCAAAGACAGGAAGCAGUUAGCACCAGGAGAUGCAUUGGUGUGCAGCAUGGCACCCUGGCCUGUUCCUACAGCUUGUCUGGUCGAUUCUACGAACGACUUCUUGCGCAGUAUUCAUGAGGGUCUUCAUUGGAAUUUGAGAAAGACACAAUCAUUUGAUGGACCCCGCGAAUCCUGA